UUGUUUUAUCGACUGCAUAUGGCGUCACAUGCGAUUCAUCGGUUGUCUAUUGUCAACUGACCAGGGUGAGGAUUUAUUUCUGAGAGGACAAAACGAACUGUCAAAAUGAGUAUUCUAGCGUACAAUGGAGGUGCUAUGAUAGCAAUGAAGGGUAAGAACUGCGUGGCGAUAGCAGCAGAUCGAAGAUUCGGUAUUCAAGCUCAAACGAUUACCUGUGACUUCCAAAAAAUCUUCGAAAUGGGUCCACAUUUAUUCCUGGGAAUCCCAGGUCUUGCCACCGAUGUCCAAACAGUUAUGGAACGCCUGAGAUUUCGAUUGAAUCUCUACGAGCUCAAGGAGAACCGCAGAAUGCAUCCCAAGACAUUUGCAUCAGUUGUUUCGAAUUUACUCUAUGAGAAACGUUUUGGCAGUUAUUUCGUGGAGCCUGUGAUCGCUGGCCUCGAUCCUGACACCUUUGAGCCCUAUAUUUGUAAUAUGGAUCUCAUUGGGUGUCUGAAUGAACCUGAUGACUUCGUCGUUGGUGGAACAGCUGAGGAUCAACUCUAUGGAAUGUGUGAAACUGUUUAUGAACCUGAUCUUGAAGCUGAUGAUCUUUUUGAGACUGUCAGUCAGGCGUUGGUCAAUGCCUGUGAUCGAGAUGCCAUGUCUGGAUGGGGAGCUAUUGUUCAUAUCAUUGAAAAGGAUAAGGUCACCACCAGAACCGUCAAGACACGAAUGGAUUAAUUAUCGAAUAAAUUGGUGGAAGAGACUUUUUGUUUUGGAUUAUUCACAUUUUUACCUUUUAAUUAAAUACACGUUCGUUGGAAAAGAGAA